GUAGCAACGCGGUGCUGCGCAGGGGAGGGAUGCGGGGCGCGGGGAUGGCACCCGGCGGACGGGCGGAGCGGCGCGCGGGGGGUCCCGCUCUGCACUGAAGCAGCAGCACCCGCAGCCCAGCGCCCGCGCAGCGCCCAGAGGGAUGCGGACCCACAGACACAGCGGACCCUGUGACUGACGCAGCCCCCCCGGCGCACAGCUGAAUGGAAAGGGUGCAGAAGCAACCGCUGACCUCCCCUGGGAGCGUCUGCUCCUCGCGCGGCUCCAGCGUCCCCGGAUCGCCCUCCAGCAUCGUGGCCAAGAUGGACAACGAGGUGCUGGGCUAUAAGGACCUGGCGGCCAUCCCGAAGGACAAAGCGAUCCUGGACAUCGAGCGCCCCGACCUGAUGAUCUACGAACCCCAUUUCACCUAUUCCCUGAUGGAGCACGUGGAGCUGCCCCGCAGCCGCGAGCGCUCCCUGUCGCCAAAAUCCAUCUCUCCUCCUCCGUCCCCAGAGAUGAUCCGGGAGUGGUUGGAGAGUCGGACCCCCGGCAGCGCCUCGCAGCCCCCCCCCCGCACACCCCGCAGCAGCGUGCAGCACUUCCACCGGCCCGAGACCGACACGACGGAGCUCAACAUCUACAAGAAGCCCCCCAUCUACAGGCAGAAAGACCCCCACCCCGCGGCGCCCCACGGGAAGCAUCUCAUCGAGGAUCUGAUCAUCGAGUCCUCCAAGUUCCCGGCCGCGCAGCCCCCCGACCCCAACCAACCCGCCAAGAUCGAGACCGACUACUGGCCGUGCCCCCCAUCCCUGGCCGUCGUGGAGACGGAGUGGAGGAGGCGGAUGGCCUCGAAGAGAGGGGAGGAGGAGGAGGAGGAUUUGACGGAGGAGAUGAAGAAUCUGCGGGAGCUCCAAAGGAGGGAGCUGAGCAAGGUGACCUCCAACCUGGGGAAGCUGAUCCUAAAGGAGGAGAUGGAGAAAUCUCUCCCCAUCCGGAGGAAAACCCGCUCGCUGCCGGACCGGACGCCCUUCCACACGUCGCUGCAUAUGGGCGGCUAUAAGAGCUCCUCGCUGCCCGCCUCCGGCCGCAGCACCCUCACCAGGCUGCAGUCGGCCGAGUUCAGCUCAGCGAGCAGCGAGAAGGGGAGUCCGGGGCUGCAGAACGGCCAACGCGGGCGCAUGGACCGCGGCAACUCAUUGCCCAGCAUGCUGGAGCAGAAGAUCUACCCCUACGAGAUGCUGAUGGUGACAAACAGGGGGAGGGUGAAGCUGCCGCCCGGCGUGGACAGGACCAGGCUGGAGCGGCACCUCUCCAGGGAGGAUUUCCUGCGGGUGUUCGAAAUGCCCCCCGAGGAGUUCGGCAAGCUGGCGCUGUGGAAGCGCAAUGAGCUGAAGAAGAAAGCCUUCCUCUUCUGACCCCCCCCAUCCCCCCCCCGCGCCGUGUAUCGCUUUAGGGCUCCCAGCCGGGUUUAACAGGACCCCCCCCACCCCCCCCCACACACACACACACACACACCCCCAUCGCCCCCCCCGCCCUGCGGUGCCCCCAUCCCCGCUCCCCCUCCUGCAGGAAAAAAGGGCUCCGCCGCCCCCCCCCCCCCCCACAGCCCCAUGGGGUGAUGGAUGGGGGGCACACACAGUUCCUCCUGGGGGGGGCUCUGUGCUCUGUGCCCCCCCCCAGAGUCAGCACCCAGGGGUGCUCCGUACCCCAAAGGUCUUCACCCAUUGGCCCCAAAAAGGCGGGGAGCGCCUGCGGGGUGCAACUCACUGCCUGACCCACGGCUCUGUGACCCCCCCCCCCCCCCCCCCCAGACCCUUUUAACACCCCCGGCCCCUCCUGUGCCACCAUCCAUUCACUGCCAAAUCUGCCCGGCCCCACACGGAGGGCAGCGCUGGCAUUGGGGGUGGGGAGUAAAUGGGGUUUGGGGGGGGGGGGCGCAGAGGCUGAGUUUGGGUUGUGUCUUUUGGGCUGCAAAGGGCCACGCAGUGGGGCAGGCAGUGCCCUGGGGGUCGCAGCUGCAGCAGGGCAGGGGGGCCAUGCAGUGGGGCCAUGCAGUGGGGCAAUGGGGUGUUGCAAUGGGGGGGGGGUGCAGCGCAACAGAGCAGUGCUGCAGGGUUGUGGGGUGAUGCAAAGGAGGGUCGCUGCAGGGCAAUGAGGCGCUGCAAUGGGGCGAUGCAAAGGGGGCUGCAGCAGGGCAGUGGGGCGGUGCAAUGGGGGGUUGCAGCGGGGCAGUGGGGUGAUGCUGCAGGGCAAUGGGGCAGAGCUGCAAGACAAUGGGGUGAUGCUGCAGGGCAGUGGGGCGAUGCAGUGGGGGCUGCAGCAGGGUGAUGGGGUGAUGCUGCAGGGCAGUGGGCGAUGCAAUGGGACGGUGCUGCAGGACAGUGGGGCGAUGCAGUGGGGCGAUGGGGCAAUGCAGUGUGGUGAUGUUGCAGGGCAAUGGGGCGAUGCAAUGGGGAGAUGCUGCAGGGCAGUGGGAUAACGCAGUGGGGGAUUGCAGCAGGGCAAUGGGGUGAUGCUGCAGGGCAAAGGGGCAAUGCAGUGGGGUGAUGCGGUGGAGUGAUGCUGCAGGGCAGUGGGGCGAUGCAAUGGGGGACUGCAGUAGAGCAAAGAGGCGAUGCAAUGGGGCGAUGCUGCAGGGCAGUGGGGCAAUGCAAUGGGGGAUUGCAGCAGAGCAAUAGGGUGAUGCUGUAGGGCAGUGGGGCGAUGCAAUGGGGGGGUUGCAGCAGAGCAAUGGGGCGACGCUGUAGGGCAAAGGGGUGAUGCAAUGGGGGACUGCAGCAGAGCAAUGGGGCGAUGCAAUGGGGCGAUGCUGCAGGGCAGUGGGGCGAUGCAAUGGGGGGUUGCAGCAGAGCAAAGGGGCGAUGCAAUGGGGCGAUGCUGCAGGGCAGUGGGGCGAUGCAAUGGGGCGAUGCAGCAGAGCAAUGGGGCGAUGCUGCAGGGCGGUGGGGCGAUGCAAUGGGGCGAUGCAGCACAGCACAGCACUGCAGUGCACGCAGUGCCAGCAGGGCAGGGCAGCUCUCGAUGGGGCCGGCAGGGCCGGGCAGCACCUCCCCCCACAGCCCCCCCACAGCCCCCCCACAGCCCCCCCACGGGCACACGGCUCGGGCAGAGCCCCCCCAGCCCCCCACCCCCCCCACACACACUUUCUGCCUCCAACCCCCGCCGGGAUGUAACGAAUGUAUUCGGGAUCCGCUCGGCCCCAUUCUCUGCCUUUCACCGCUACCGGACGGACAUCGGUGGGUGCGGAUGGACACAGCGGGGCCGUUUUGGGGCCGGGACCCCCGCCGUUCACUUUCGAUGUUUUCGUUGGGUUUAAUUUCAUUUGCCGGUGUCGGACAGUCCGUGUGAGAGUGAUUUUUUUAAUUCUUCUAUGAUAUUUUUUUUUUUUGGUUGGCUUCGAAUUAAAGGUGAAAAAAUGGCA